AUGUUGGUGGGAAGAGGUUCACUCUGCUCUCUCUGCUCACACCAUCGCACCCCAAUGGCAGCUUCGCUAGCAGCAGCGGAGCAGUCAACCCCUCCCUCCUCUGCGGAGGAAACCAAGAUGGGGGUCAUGUCUCCGACGAAGCUGAGGAUGAAGCUGCUGGGGAUGGGAUCCCAUCCCCAUCCCCAUCCCCACGGAGCCGCCAGCAAGGACGAGGCGGCCAGCAAGUCGCCGUCCAGGCUCCACGCCGACGACCACCCCAAGAACAGCCUCCUGCCGCAGGAGCUCGACGAGGGCUCCUCGGAGUACCACAAGGACCGCUCGGAUUCUUCUUCCCGGUCGCGCUCCAGCGGGAGCCACGGCAGGUCUGCUGCUCACUCCGGCAAUGGCGGCAGCUUCGAGUUCCACAUGGAGGAGAGGGCGGCGGUGGCCGGCCUCGGGCCCUUCUUCAGGCAGGUGCCGUCCAAGUGGAACGACGCGGAGAAGUGGAUCGCCGGGAGGCACGUCGUGCACUCCAACCCCAUAUUCUCCAAGAAGGCGGCCGCCUCCGUGCACGGCCACAGCGGCGUCGGCGGAGGCUGCGUCCGCGUCGUGCCGGAGUCUGCGGCGCCGCAGUCGGAAACGAAGAAGACGAGCGGCGGCAGCGCGCUGACAGAGCUGCCGCGGUCGCCCUCGCCCUCGUCGUCUUCGCUGGCGUCGGUGACCGGGCCGGCGAGCAAGCAGCGUCGCGACACGAAGCUCCGCACCCAGGUGGGCGCCCCGGCGGUGGCGCAGUCGUCGUCGGUGUCGAUGAGGGACGUCGGCACGGAGAUGACGCCGAUCGCCAGCCAGGAGCAGUCCAGGAGCGGCACCCCGGCCGGCGCCGCCACGCCGUCCCUCAGCCCGCUCUGCUCGGUGCCGGCCUCGCCGUCCGCGUCCGAGCGGGAGCUGCAGAUCAGGACGCGCCGGGAGAUCGCCGCGCUCGGGCUGCAGCUGGGCAAGAUGAGCAUCGCGUCCUGGGCCAGCAAGGAGGACCGCAUCCGCACCUCGCCGGACAAGAGCACCGGCGAAGAAGACGAAGCCAGCAAGGAGGAGUUCGAAGCUCGAGCCGCGGCAUGGGCAGAGUCCAAGAAGUGCAAACUCGCAUCAAGAUAUCAGAGGAAGGAGGUGAAGAUUCAGGAGUGGGAGAACUGCCAGAAAUCCAAAUUCGAAGCCAAGAUGAGGCAUGCAGAGGUGCAGGCCGAUCAAAUGAAGGCGAGGGCGAAGAACAGCCUGACCAAGAGGCUGUCCACAUUGAGCCACAAGGUGGAGGGAAAGCAGGCGAGGGUCGAGGCGAGGCGGAACCGGCGGGCGGUUCGGCUGGCGCGGCAGGUGGAGCGCAUCCGGAAGACCGGCCGCGUGCCGUCCCGGUUCCGGUGCUGCAGCUGGUUCCUCUGCUGA